AUGGCCAAAAGUAUAAGAAGCAAAUGGAAGAGAAAAAUGAGGGCAGAAAAGAGGAAGAAGAAUGCCCCAAAGGAACUUGCCCGCUUAAAAAAUGUUGUGGCAAAAGCAAACACUGAUGUGCUGAUGGAUGACAUGAAAGAAAUAGCAACUGUUGUAACUUCUAAAAACUUGAAAGAUGAAAAUAAAAUGGACGCCGAUGCAAUGGAAGGUAGAAAACAAGGUGCCUCCCAAAUGAAAAUGGACACCGAUGUAAAACGUAACAAGAAGAGCCUUCUAGACCAGCACGGUCAAUAUCCUGUAUGGAUGAAUUCGAGACAAAAAAAGAAGCUUAAGGCAGAACGUAGUAAAAAGAAAGGAAAGUCAAAACGCCCAAAAGGACUGGCAUGGUAG